UCUGGCUCCCAACACCUCCCCUCCCUCUGCCUUUGUUAAAGACAGCCCCUCAUACACUCCCCUAUCCCUCGCUCUCUCUCAUGCGCUGUCUCUCUCGCUCUCUCAUUAUGCGCUCAUCCAUUCCGCUGGCUGUGGGCUGAGAAGCCAACGUUCUACUCCGGAAGCGAGUGUUUGGGAAGCCCAGCGAUAUGCCACUGCUGUUUUCCCCACAAAAACAGGAAGAAAAAAAAAGGUGGACCAAAGUGUCAGGAUCAGCUUUUCCUUCUUCCACCACUCCUCCUUCCUGCUCACUUGCAGCCUGUCUCUUUUUGUCCGCUGACUUCUCUCAUUCAUUCACUCCCUGCCGCUCUGGCUGGCCGACCGAGCGUGCUGACACCGGGACCGCUACCUGCUGCCUUAGGGAUUUGACAGCGCUCCGGGAACCUGCUGCCUAGUUUGUCGUUUUUACGGCCAGUGAAUGGUGGAUGUACCUCAUGGAUGAACUGGAGUAUACAACGGACUGGAUGAGGGAGUAAAUGUUGGAUACCUGAGGAUGAGCGUUUCUUUCCUGACCUUACCAGAACAAAUGGAGAAUGAAGGAUUUUCUUGACCAAUUUUCACUCUAUCAGACUCAAUCUAUAUCAGUCACUGAGUUUCUUCAGUCUUUAUUUUGUUGCACAUCAGAAGCAGUGUCAGCUGUGGACCGUCCGGUUGAGUGGGACUGCUCACCUAUCUUAACUUUUCCCCCCUCUGUGACACUUCCUCUGAACUGCUUUUGGCCUCAGUAGGGCCGGUAGGGCUGCAGGGGAAGGUGGCAGUGGCUUACCCCCCCAUAAGACCAGCUCGAAAUAAAAGUGCACUGAACCAUAGAGCAGUCACCGACGCAUUGGAAAAACAAGUCUUUUCCUUGCUCCUGGGAGCAUAGUGUUCCUAGUAAAAUAUUCAGACGCUUCCCAGCCAACCACCUCAGCAGAUAUAAACUUGUUCCAGUUAGGAUGUCAGCAUUGGAGGGAUUUUUGUGCUUGACCAUCAACCAAAGAAGCCAGUCUGUUGGAAGCAAAGAGUUGUUUGUAAGAUAAAAAAAAGGAGCAUCAAACGACAUCCACAGGGAACUUGGAAAGCCACCCCCGCUUUGAGAAAUACUUUUGACCCAUGCGAAGGAUCUUGUUUUGGUCUGGAAGUUUUUUGAAGGACCCCCUGACCUCUUUAACAAUCAACUAAUUACGAGUCAGGGUCACAGAGAGGAAAGGACGAGAUUCUUUUUGUGGAUUUACCAUCGACCUGGGGUGGAAAGUUUACAUGUGGAUAUCUGACAAUCCUAAACACCCACAUACCUAACACAUACACAUUUCUAUCUUAUAGAUCCAUGCCAACAGCUUUGUAACACAAAUUGCAAAGUACAUUAUCACCACCUACUUAAAUCUACACACGUCUGUGCUGUAAGUAUAUACGGAUAGUUGCACAUUAAAUUCCCAUUAGUUUGGGUGUUUGCCAUAGGGGAUAGAGGGAAUGGAGGUCAUUCGGACAGGUGGGGUGCUGUAUGAGUCGCCGCUUACACUGUCUGUCCUUUAGCCCCAAAUGGAUGUUAUUAUCUGUGCAAAAUGUGCCGCUCGCAAUCCGCUAAAAGCUUUCCGCUGCAAUUCUCCGACAGAAACAGUCACCGGGUCCCUGUGACAGUGCACGGUUGGAACCGCAGCUGAGACUGCAUCCAUUACUCAUCUUCUUUUGUUUUUUUUGAGUUUUGUUUUCGUUGUCUUCCACUCUCACUCCACCGCCAUUAUUUUUUCCAACGGGUCCCUGGGCGCCCCCCGGCGCUCUCCUCGGCCCAUCGUCUCCCCCGCCCUGGAGGGGAGGGGGUCGCUGGAGUGGAGCAUGAGCGGCUGCCACUAUCCUUCGCCGGCGCCGGAGCGGGAGCGCAGGUACCAGCACAAAGUGUCGCUGGUGGUGCGCUACUUUAUGAUCCCCUGCAACAUCUGCCUAAUCCUGCUGGCCACUUCCACGCUGGGCUUCGCCGUUCUGCUGUUCCUCAAUAACUACAAACCGUCUCACUUCACUCCGGCCCAGCCUCCUGAUGGCUGCAGAGCUGGAAGGAUGGGUGGGUUUUUGAUGUGGAUGCUCAAUAUACUGAAGCAUCUGUUGAUGCUGUCAGGCAGAGUCUCUGUUCACGUAUCUGAUUCAGUGGUAGGUCUCUGAUCAGGAAAUCUGCAAGUGACAUGUCAGCCUUAAGUGAGACUUUUAAAUGUUGUCCUUUUGCCAGAUAUCUCAGUCUUGAACUGGGCUGCCACUCAGAAUCGCCGCUGCACAGCAACAAAGAUCCUCUUUAUGUUGCUUUGAAGUUUGUAGUAAAUUUGUCUCUGCUGUUAGGGAUUGUUCUGACGCUUUCCUUCAGAAGAGUAUUAGGACUGGGUAGCAACAGGGUAAGCAGUCUGAGAGUCUAACCACCACGCGUUAAAACCAUGUUUGAGUAAAACAAAACACAUUCUGUUUUUGCUGUUAAAAAAAAAAAAAAAAAAUCUCCUUUUUGUUACAGUAUUUUUUUAGAAGGGGAGCUGCCUCAAGUACCUUAAUACCUUAAUAUGGCUUACAGGAUGAUUAAUCAAAUUAAUUGAUUAAUUUAUACUAUAUUUUGGGUCCGCACAUAUUUGGGUAAAACAACGAGAUGUUAUGUCAUUUUUUUUAAAUACUAAAAAAAUAAAACGUUUUGAUUGUUUGUGGUUACUGAUCAUCAUGCAAAGACAUUUAUGUAAAUCCUCAUGAAAUAAUCAACAAGAGUCUUUUAAAGGGAUAGUUUGACUAUUUAAAGUUAGAUUAUUAAGCUUGCUUACCUCGUUGCCAUGGCGAUGAGUUUGAGAGACCCAUUGCCAUGGCGAUGAAUUUGAGACCCUGAAACUUGUUGCCAUGGCGAUGAAUUUGAGACCCUGAAACUUGUUGCCAUGGCGAUGAGUUUGUAGAAGAAAAGCAGUGGAGGGCUAACCAUUUUAGCUAAUUUUAGAAAUGCAGAAUAGCUGAAAAGUUUUGGACUCUUGUCAUGAAAUUCUAAAUUUGGCCUCGUUUGCCUAGUAACAUGGACAUUGUUCAUAUAUAUUAAAAAGGCGCUACAAACUUAACCCAACCAUAAAUUUUUACAUAGACGAGGGAAGCUCUGUCGAACUCUGUUAGUUUUGCUUUAUUCUUUGGAUUUGUUCACGAUUUUACAAACUUACUGUGAUACAUUUCCUCUACAGUUACAGGAACUAUAACUAACUAACUAACUAACUAACUAACUAACUAACUAACUAACU